GUAUACAAACAAAAUUAAAAUUUAAGAACUGUUAAUAUAUACUACGAUCUGGUGAAAACCUGAGUUGACACAUGUAGAAAGAUCGUGAGUUGGAACAUAUAAAUAGAUUGGGUUUAUUUGUAAAGGCUAUGGGAAUGAGGGUAAGUGUCCGUCAAAAAAUUCAAAGUUAUGGGGUUCAGUCCUCAGUUUGUCUUAAAAUUUUGAAAAUGCUAAUUUGCUCUGUGAUUCAGAAUGAAUGUUAAUUUGUUAGACCUCGUAUAACUGGUUGGAUAAGUAAGUUCAAAGGUCAGAGGAAGGCAUGGGAAUAUUGCGUCUAGUGGCACCAUGCCAAGUAAAGACUUAAGUGUUCAAACCCUCUUUGUGUUGAGGACAGCUUUAUGUUUUCUACUUGGGUGAAAAUGUUAUCAUGCUGAAAUUUUAUGUGAAAUAAACAUGUAAAUUCCUAAUGAGUUCAAGGGAGCUUGAGAGAAAGAAACAUGUGACUGAAGAAAAGACAUUGUUAAUCAACCCAGAAAGAUUUUAUUGGAACAGUAUGAGUGAAAGACACAGAAUAGGCAGGAAAUAAAUUUGAAGCUAUGGAACUGAAGGGAGAACUGUAUUUACACUAGACCAGACGUAAGAACAUGUGUGCCUUAAAGGUAUCAGUGGUACAUCAUAGAAUAGCCUUCUUUAGGGGACUUGAUAGGAUAGUAAUAGCUGUAGCUCAAUUGUGAUUGUCUAGGUCCACGAGACCCACUGUAAUUCACAGCAUGUUCAUCAACUGAAUUCUGUGUUGUGAUGAUAAAAACCAGGCUGUUCCAGCUCACGUACCUGUCGGUGGAUGGCAGUGCACGCAUAGGAAGAGGUGGACAAACAGCUGAUGUGCAAGCAGUCAGGCAGUCACCCUGUGCCUACGCAGUCCUUCUACACUGGCCAAGCACUUGUGGGCAGAGGUGGCCAAGUGCAUCAUGCAUCUGCAGAAUGUGUGCAAUUGAGUCACCAGCUGGCAGUAGCUGUGCCUGCCCGAGGAUGAGUUGAGGGUUGCGUGAGCGUGCCCACACCCUAUGGUUUAGUGUUGGAACAGCCUGGUGAAAGGCCUUCAGCAUCUGCAGGGAUAUUAUUUUGUUUAGUUGUAAAUAUUGUGAAUCCUGUGAUAUAAUAAAGAUAUCUGCCACUAUGGUUGGACAAUCUUCCUCCUUUAGCAGGUUGCUUUUGGGAUGCUUAAUUCUGUUAUUGUUAUACUUCUUGUACAUGGAUGCCAAACUGUAUUCUCGUAUUCAAAAUUUUCCACUCCGGAGAAAUAUUGACAAUAUGUCCGUACUUGAUUCAAAUUCUUAUGGCUCCUGUGAUUUUUCUCCUUUGUGUGAUGUAACUGUUAAAUCUAUAAUGUUAGACCAUCCCAACCAUUAUUUGUUUAGCCCAAUGGCUACAUUAUUUGAUAAAAUAUUUAGAAUACAUGAAAUAGAGUACAUAACACCAAAUAUGAUAAGUGUGUUUCAUGUGUUAAUUGCUGUGGCAUCAGCUAAAUGUGUAGCAUCUGAUUCUUUGGUUACACGCCGGGUUGGAGUUGCUUUGUUUUUGAUCAGAAGCAUGUUGGAUGAACUUGAUGGACAUGUUGCAAGAGCACGUAAGAACAUACACGGUGAGGGUUCAGAAAUUGGCUCAGUGGGCUUUUUUGUGGAUGGCUUGUGUGAUGCUCUAGGAACAACAGCUCUGCUUAUUGGUUGCCUAAUAUACCUAAAAAACAAUCCGCCUAGAAGAGGUUACACUCACCUUCAGUCACUUAUUCCGCAAGUAAUGGAUGCAACAAAGGAAGUAGGACCAGGAUUUGUUUACAAAGGCAAGAUCACAUCAAAGAAAGUUUUUCAGACAUUGAGCUGUAUUGGAGCACAACUACUCCUCAGCUCAACUGCUUGGAAUCGAUACAUUGCCCUCUACCAAGAUCUCCUUGAGCGAAGAGCUGUUUCUGAUGCCCAGGCUUCGUGUCAAAUACAGGCAUUCCGGUCUUUGCUUAUGUGGGUGGUGGCAUGGUUGUGGCGUAUUUUUAACCCGCAUGCUUUAAUCAAUGCAUUACUUGUGGCAGUUUUCUGUGAUAAAUUGUGGGAAUUCUUAUGUGCCAUACAGUAUGUGGGUUUCCUCAUUCUUGUAAGCAUUGUAUGUAUUUCUGAAAUGCAUGUACAGGAAGUCGAGUCAUUCAUUUAUAAGACCCUCACUAAUAGUACAGCUGUUUAGCAUCAGUAUUUAAAAUGGCAAUGUCUCAGUAUAUUUUUAUGUAUGAAAGUCACCAUCUUUCAGUUAAAUUAUUAGAAAGAAUUUUGCAUUUUGGGGCAUUUAUUUAUAUUUAUUUUACUUUUGCUCUGCAUAUGCAAGCACUGUUGCAGCUGUCUGACACAUUGUUUUGUAUUAUUAUUUUAUUGUUGUGUUUAUGUUGUAUGAUGAGCAUUUUGUUUUUUGCUGUUUCAUUUGUACUGUUGGCUUAUUUGCCUAUGAAAUGCAGUAACAAAAACAUUGCAUAGAUUUUAAUUUAUAUGUAUUAUAACAAGAAUGAUGAUUAGAUUUGAAGAUGUUAAUAAGUUAAUCAGAAUUUUUAUUACUGCGUUCAAUGAACUGUUUUUGCAUCUAAAACAACUUACAUGGAAGUAGUUUCUGACAUGAUUUGUUGCAUGUGAACCUGAACUGAUAUACUCCACAGGAUUUUGAAGUUUAGUAAGAAGAAUGCAUUUAUGCUUUUAUGUUUCGCAUUAGGAAACUUAAGACUGCAUUAAUUUUUCUUUAAAGAGUGCCUUGCCCUUAUGCCACCCUUAUAUGUGGGACUAUUAGCCUGUAACUGAAAUAAUGGUUUGUGAGUCACAGUAUAGAAAUGCCUUACAGUAGCUAUGUGUAGAGAUGGAGGUAGCAGUGGGAAGCAAAGAUUGGGAGGUACACAAAUAUAGGACUUAUAGACAAUCACAUACCUCAGAGUUGAAGUAAUAAACAAUGAUCGAUGUACUGAAGGGGAAUAUAAUUUUCAAAUUAAGCUUUUCUUUAUCAUUAUUGAGAGUGAUUUGAUAGUGUUUUCACAUAUUGUAUGUCAGAGUGGGUAUACUAUCCUGGCAUAUUUCAUUUUCACUUCAUAGGAAUAACUAGCCAUAAUUUUUAUUAUGUAGAAGGAAAAAGCUAUGAUUGUAUCAAAAAUAUGCCCAUUUCUAUUAGUACACUUUAUAGUUUUUUAUGUUUAAUGUAGAACAGUCUAAUUUUUGCCCAUGAAUUUCUUUUCAUGAAGAACCAAAAAUGGAAUGUGCUGUUUUUAAAGAUCUGUUAUUAAUUACAUUUUUGUAAUGGUAUGGAAGUAUAGCAAGUACCGGUAGAAACACAAGAAAAACUCAAGGAUCUUCUUUCUUUCUUGUACAUGUACACUUGCAUGGAAACUGAUUGAUAGAUCACAGAUUUGCAAUUUUCAUAUUGUUCUCUACAACUAGCACUUUUAAGUCAUUUGUAGUUAUGAAUUUACUAAAGAUCUGAUAAGUGUCAUCUGUGAUGGUGUUAGCUGUAUGAUUACAAUUUAACAUGCAGCUCUAGUGCAGUAUGUAUCAGUCAGAGAGCCUGAAUAUUUCUGUGCUACAGCUUAGCUCUUAAUUUUAUUUGGAUAUAUUGCCAUUAAAAUUUCAUAUUAAAAUAUCAAUCAUGUAUUAUUGAAACAAAAUAGAACCUUUGUAAACUUUUUUAAACGUCACCUGUUAAGCCUCUAGUCAUUAAUCCUUCAAAAAGGGUAUCAGCCACUGUUUCAGUUGUACUUUCAGCCUUAUUUUUUAUUUUGAUACAUUGUAAACUGGAAAGAAACCUAAUUUGUGACUUAAUAUUCUAAAAUAUAUUACAAUAAAUACCAUUUAAAAUAUUACCACAGUGCUGUAGAAAAUACUAUAAAAACAAAGGAAUACUUGCAAUAUGAAUAUACUUAUGUCUUCUUUUGAACUGAUAGCAUGAUAGCUUUGAAGUAAAGAAGACUGUUGCAUAGUUCGAUGUCAUUUUAAGGAAAUUUUUAUACCGAAAAGGAAAUUUAAAAAUUUUGCAGAUUGUAAAAUUAAUUUACUACGUAAAAUUCAGGUAUUCAUAUUUAUUGUUGUUUGUACUUUAAAAAGGUGUCUGGCAUAUAUGUUGGUCAGAGAGAAAGAGAUGGAAAAAAAUGUAGUCACACUUCCUGCCACAUGCAUAUGGAAAUGAACUUUCUAGACUGACUGUCAGCAGAAUGUUUUCUCUUUUGCGUUUAUGUUAUAUGUAACGGAGUAUUUUGUAGGCUGUAUGCAAAUUUACUAGUCGGCUACAUUUUUGUGGCUGUAUUAUCACAUAGUCCUUCAGUAACCUGUAUUUAUUCUUCCUUUAUAAAUGUAAUGGCAAUGUUUUCAUGCAUUUACUGUCUAUUACUGUAUUAAGCAGUCUAGUCACAAUGAAUUGCUUUUAAAAUUAAUUUACAAAAUAACAGUAUUGUGCAGUUAGAUGUCUUCCUUAUAUUUGUAGCAAGUGUGUUGCUCACACUGUAGCUGCAACUGGCUGCUUAACUUGAUGAAGUUAUACUCUCUUAAGUGUGGUAGUAUUUUUAUACACCUUUUAAAACUACCUAUUUUUUGAGAAUUUAAAGUCAUAUAUGUUUUCUAUUUAAACUGUUACUUAAUUGUUUCAUGCUAUUAAAAUAAAUUUUGCUGAAAUUUUGUUUAUAGAUUCUUAUGGUCUGGGAAUAAUGUUUUCCUGACAGAAGUUGAAUAUGCUGUUCAUUUAGCAUGCAACUUUGUUACUAAUUAAGUUACUAUUUGCAACAACAGGAAUGAAUAAUGUAACAUCAGAAUAUAAGAAUAAUUUUAAUUGGUAAUGAAUUCUACACUGUUGUUCCACACUGUUCAAUAAGUUGGAAAUAUGUUCCUUUCGAGCAUCAGGUGCAGUGUUGUUUCCUAUAUUGCUGCUAGCAUUUGUUAACUUUCUUCUUGUUAAUAUUUUAGCAAAUGUCAGUAUUUUGAAUGGAAAGUUUCCAUAUAACUUAUUGUUCAUAAAUGUAGCAUUUCUAUGUUUACAAGAACUAUUUAACUUUUUACAUUUCUACUUGUGAAACUUAGUGUAUUCAGUCAAAGCAAUAAAGGAUGAAAGCCAUACUUGAAAUGGGCAUUAUUU